GCUUACAUCAAAUGGUUUGCACCAUUUCCUUUGGCUCCUGAUCAACAGCACAGACUUUACAAGCUCUUGCGAUCAUUGCAUGGUGGUGAAAAAAUAGCAAGUAUCGUGCCAUUGGCAAAUAUUGUGCAUAGUGUCCAUCUGAUACUGAAUUUUGGUGCCAUUGUCCCACGAGGGUGGACGAGUGAUACAGUUCUCGAUAAUUGUAACACUUUUUGA